AAGGUACAAUCAUCGAAUCAGAUGCCUGAUCCUGUGCCUGAAGUGUAUCUACCAAUGCAACCCGGAGAAGAAUUCAUCGAGAAGCGAUAUCAUCGGACAUUUUUCAGUCAAAUUCAGGUGGCGCUCGGGAACUUGUUCAUCGCAGCAGGUUUUUUAGAGCCGCCUCUCGAGCCUGGGAUGGUUCGUUUAAGAUGGAGAUGCAGAUGCGGAGAAAGCUUCUUCGGUGAUGUGACGGAGUACCGUCACAAUGGGAUUCAUGAACUCACCGACAGGAUGAGCCGUUCCACAGGUGCCAAUAUCACUGUAACUUCCUACAGCAAGACAUCGAAAAAACAAACCUGGAACUUCAAGUUCCCCGCUUGGGCAAGACGGAUUGCUGGUACUUUUUCUUCUUCGGCUAAAGCAACGGCCCCUAACUCUGGAGGUGGCUUACCGCAGUACAACGCUUCCAAUCGUUCUGCUCCUUCAACCUCGUCAGCGCCAGUUGCAAACACACCAACCAGUUCAAUCCCCAGGCUACAUCUUCUAGCCUGUGCGCACCGAAAUGAACGGCGGAAGUGCCUUUUGCAAGAUCCAAUCGAUUCUAUAUCCACUGAUCGGGCCUUGUUUUGCUUCAUGAAGCAGCAACUACGGCGCAAUCAUAGUCGUAUUCGGAGUGUCUUAGCAAUGAGAAGCAUACAAGGAAUGUUCUUUGUCAAGUUUCGCCUUCGUAUGGGCAACAACGUCGAGGUCAGAGACCAUAAUCCAUGCUGCACCUCAACGAAUCCAGUCAUUUGUGAGUGCAUACCUCCAAAAUCAAAGGUAGAGCCAUCCCCAGACGCCGAAUAUCGCUGUUCACCAGCUGGACCUCUCGCAACAUGGCCCCCAGUCCUGUCACAAGACUUGAUGCAUAUGCUUUCCUCGCCGGAAUGCAUACAUGAAGACGAGACAUGGGUUCUUGAACAACUACCAAAAAGAACGGCUGGGGAACUCCAAGCAUGCGUAGGAGGACCAGCAGAAGGCUGGGGCAUAUACUACAAAGAAGGGAUUAACUUCGACAUGAUCACUGGUGUAGUAGCCGCUAUUUUUCUCUUUGGCAGCCUCCUUUUCGGCAUUCUAUGGACUAUGCUGGAAAAGGAUUUUCAAGGUGCCUUCGGGUUUAGCUCUUGGAUGGCAACUGGGAUUGGCAUCUUCGUGGCAUGUAUGGUAACUUAUGCGAAGAAUAUU